UGUCGGUCAUUUAGCCAACAUUCUUAUCCAGAGCGACUAACAGGCAGUUUGUUUUUGAGCUCUGAAUAUAUCAUGCUCCAUGACUUCUGGUCUCACUGUAUUCUGUCUGUCUUCACCCAGGCUUCCUGCAGUUUAAUGGGAGCUGUGGAAGUCUCCGUAGCAGUGGGGGCAAAGGUCUGGCACACUAAGGACAACUGUGGAAGAACACAACCACCGCAAGCGCAGCCAUGGAUGACCUGGCCAAUGACUCUGCUGUGCGGCCGCUGCUGUCGGAGGCACGUCUCAUCUACGCCAUCACCGUGCCCCUGUCCACCGCCAUCAUCCUGGCCAACCUGGUCAUCAUCCUGGGCAUCUCCUGUAACCGUCAGCUCUACAACACCCCAAACUACUUCUUCCUGAGCCUGCUAGUGGCUGACCUGUGUACAGGCGUGGCCCUGCCGUUCAUCCCCUGGAUGGGACUCAACCGUCCGCUGAGUUUUAGCUCCUGUCUCCUGGUUCAUAUUUUUCCUAAUUUCUUGUUCCUGGCGUUCCUGUUUAACCUGGUGAUAGUUCAUUAUGAGAGAUACAUGUGCAUCAUGAGUCCGUUACAUUAUAGUAGCUUCUGGGUUCACCGCCACUUCCCGCUGGUGCUGCUCGCCGUGUGGGCGCCGCCACUGCUCUACGCCUCCCUGCCCGCCUUCGGCUGGAACAACCGGGCCGGCCCAGGGUGGAACGGCUGCUGCUCGUUUAACGACACGGGUGUGCCGGUGAACUGUUCCACCGUGGUGGCAGCGGUAGCGGCGCCGGUCGGCUCUGAGUGCUGCUCUUACAGACGGGUCUUCCCCAACGCCUUCAUCUACCUCGAGGUGUACGGGCUGCUGGCACCUGCCAUCCUGUCCAUCGCGGGCAUGACGGGGCGUGUGCUGUGGAUCACCCGGGGCCAGAUGAAGGACAUCUGCCGGCUGCACCGCUCUGUGGCGACCAGGGGGGGCGGUCAGGCCUCGGAACGGGAGCAGCGGCUCAACCUCCGCUACACGCGGUGCGUGGCCGCCGUGUCACUGACCUUCCUGGCCUGCUGGGUGCCCUACAUCAUCUACAUACACGUCUGCGUGGCGUUUCUGCUCAGCAAGGAGACGCGUGGGAACUCCACCACACACAUCGUGCUGUCGUGCACGGGGAUCGGGAGCAUGGCAGUGAUGCCGCUGGUCCUGGGGCUGGCCAACAGGCAGUACACGGACCCGGUGAGGAAACUCCUCCAUAAACUCCGAGACAGAUGGAGGAGGAGACAGGACUCUGAGGAUAUGGCUCUCUGAGUAGCCAGGACAGGACUGCUCUCACUUUGGGGAUGGACGUGUGGGAUUAUAAAUGGGGAUCAUAGCAUAUAGAUGAUGAAGUAUCCUCCUGGAUGAGGGCAGUGGCGCCCCGAGUCUGUGGACUCUAGCUGUAAGGGAGUAGCAGAAAGACCCAAUUCGAGGUGCAGGACUGGUAGGGUUGCCCCACCUCUCCCAUGUCUGUCAGUUUAUAGUCACAGCAUGUGUGACUCUUGCCACUGGGGCCAUUGAGUGCGUUAUGUUUAAAGCCAUCAGUAUACAUGUGUACACUACUUGGGUAGUCAUAAUAAAUUCAAAACAAUCACUGUAAAAGUCACCAAUCUUUCUAUUUUUCAAGUUGAUUGAAUCCAUUAGAGAGAAACAUAAUGUUAUGAAUUAUC